UUCAUGUAAACUGCAGAAUCCUUGGAGACACAGAGAGCAGCAGUGUUACUCCCUGCACAAAACAAGGUUUAGAACAAUGGAAGCUGUGAAUACAGCAAACACGAGGUUUGCUCUCGACUUUUUCAAACAUGAGUGUCAGGAAAAUGGUGACAAGAAUAUUUUGUUCUCCCCAUUGAGUAUUUCAUCUGCCCUGGCUACUGUGUAUUUGGGAGCCAAAGGUAACACUGCAAAUCAGAUGGCAAAGGUACUUCACUUUAACACGGCUGAAGGAGCCAGGAAUGUGACUACAACCGUAACGGUGCAAGUCUAUUCCAGAACAGAAGAGCAUCUAUCAAAUCGAUGUGCCUGUUUCCAGAAGACAGAAACUGACAAAUCAAGUAAUAUCCAUGCUGGAUUUAAAGCACUUAACUUUGAAAUCAACCAACCCACUAAAAAUUACCUGCUUAGAAGUGUCAACCUGUUAUAUGGAGAAAAAACACUGUCUUUCAGUAAGGAAUACUUACAGUUAGCUAAGAAAUACUACAAUGCAGAGCCAGAAUCAGCUGACUUUGUGCGAACAGCAAAUGAAAUCAGAAAAGAGAUCAACUCCAAGGUUGAACACCAGACUGAAGGUAAAAUCCAAAAUCUGCUGCCUCCUGGAUCUGUUGACUCACUCACCAGGCUAGUCCUGAUAAACGCACUCUACUUCAAAGGAAGUUGGGCAACAAAGUUUCAGGCUGAAGCUACCAGGCAAAGGCCUUUCAGAGUAAACAUGAAUACAACCAAACCAGUGCCAAUGAUGUUCCUGAGUGAUAAAUUUAAUUGGUGCUACACUGAAUCAGUCCAGGCUAACAUUCUCGAACUUCCAUAUGUCCAUAACGAUCUCAGCAUGUUUAUCCUGCUACCCAGUGACAUCACCGGCCUACAAAAGCUGGAAAGAGAAUUGACUUUUGAAAACUUGUCUGGAUGGACCAGCCCAGAAUUAAUGGAGAAAACAAAAAUGGAGGUUUAUCUGCCCAGGUUCACACUGGAAGAGAAAUAUGACCUCAAAUCUACUUUGAGCAGGAUGGGGAUACAAGAUGCUUUCAUUGAUGGCCAAGCUGAUUUCACAGGGAUGUCAGGGAACAGUGAUCUGGUUUUGUCACAAGUUUUUCACAAGUGUUAUGUGGAGGUCAGUGAAGAAGGCACAGAAGCAGCAGCUGCCAGUUCAGGAGUUCUGGCAUCACGAAGUCUUGGCGCUACUGUUAUUUUUGCAGCAGAUCACCCUUUCCUUUUUUUUAUCAGACACAACAAGACCAAGUGUAUCCUCUUCUUAGGAAGGUUCUGCUCCCCCUAGAAACUCAGCUGUUACUAAACAGGCCCUCGCAACAACGAUAACGAACAGAAUAUGCAUCACAAAGAGUAUCUGAAUAGUUUGGACUCUUUUUCUUCUUUUUUCUGCACCCUUGAUACCUUUCUGCAUGUUAGAAGAGAGCACAUAUUAAAAAUAAGCUAGAAUUCAA